UUCUCAAUUCCAAACCCCACAUUCUCUCAAAGCGAAACGAAGUACUACUAUUAGCUUUCUUGUACUACCAAAGAUCUCAACUCUCUUCAAGAAACCAUACAAAAUGGGCAUCAGAAAAUCAAACAAGUUGCCACAGGUUAUACUUUUUAAGCAAAUAAUGAAGAGGUGUUCGAGGUUGGCUAAAAAGCAGAGUUAUGGUGAUGUACCCAAAGGUCAUUUUGCAGUUUACGUUGGAGAGAAUCGAACUCGAUACAUCGUACCCAUUUCUUUCUUGGCUCAUCCUGAGUUUCAGUGCCUCCUUCGUUGCGCUGAGGAAGAAUUUGGGUUUGAUCAUGACAUGGGCAUUACUAUUCCUUGUGAAGAAUUCAUUUUCCAAUCAAUGACUUCCAUGCUGAGAUAGUAAA